UAAAUAGUGGUGCAGCGUCAGAUCUGAGACAAAAGCAGAGAAUAACACUAAUAUUUCAUCUUAACACAAAUCAGAACACAGAUCGAGCACAAUGGAGGGUCAAAUGGUUGGAGGAACAUCUAAGCCGAAUAAGGCGACUAAGGAUGUUCAGAAGCUUUGUGAUGAGGUGAAGCAUCAGGUAGAGCAGAAGGCUGGAAAGAACUUUGCGACUUACACCGCCACGUCUUACACAACUCAGGUUGUGGCAGGAACCAACUUUUUUGUAAAGGUGACUGGGAAAUGGUACCUGAUUGGUUUUGCUUCAAACUCAGAGUGGUUUAUCAUCCGUAAAGCCAAUAUGAAGAUGGGCGUCGCCACGUUCACCCCAAAUGAUAAUGGAGACCUCGAGAUGGCCUACUCCAGUCUAAAUCCUGAUGGUACGUGUUGGAGAAUGAAUCAUCUGGCUCAGAAGACGGAUGUUCCCGGAAAAUUCACCUUCCUCAGUGAAAACCAGGAAACUGAAAAUGACAUGCGUGUCGUGGAUGUAAAGUAUGAUGAAUAUGUUUUGAUCCACACAAUCAAGACCCAAAAUGACUCCAUAACUCUUCUCAACAAACUCUAUGGCCGUACCCCAGACCUGGGCCAGGACGUUUUGGACAGAUUCACUGAGUUCUCUUUGGAUCAAGGCAUUCUGCUGGAGAACAUUGCCGUCCUGCCUAAAAACGAUGAUUGUCCUUGAGCUGUAAAUGUGAAGAUCCUAUCUGAAGCUUUACCCAUCUGAAGACUUCUAAAACAUCUCAUUUAAACUCCAAGUACAUCUCUAAAAUAUUUUCUUUAGUUUGUGCUA